GCCGGGGGAGGGGGGAGGGAACCGGCGCUGGUGGCCCCGCGGUGGCAUCUCCCGGAGCGGCCCCCGCGCCCUCCCGCGGGGCCCGGAGGGAACGGAAAGCGCCGGGGUGACCCCACGCGUGUCCGCCUCCCCCCGGCCCCGGCUGCUGGGCCGGGCUGGAAAUACCCCGAGUGGCGCUGCCGAGGGUGGUGGGGGGGAAAGGGCGUCGUGGUCCCCCGCGCCCGGGUCUCGCCCCGGAAAGUCCCCACCACUCCCUCCACCCGCAGGCGUGGGGGGGAAAGCCCACGGCAACCGCGGCGCUGGAGGGGGGAAUGGUGUCUGCGCCCGCGGGGAUUUUUGGGGGAAGCCGAGCCCCGGUGACGGUGACGCCGUCCCGCAGCGCCUGCCACGGCCUCGGAAGACCCAGCCUGCGCCCGCCCGCCGCCGAUGAACUCCAUGAACCCCAUGAAACCCUCCCUGCCACCCACGCCCCACGGUGAUGGUUCAUUUGCAUAUGAGGCUGUUCCUUGGCAACCAAGCACCAAUCAGCCGGCAGGAUCCCUCUCCGUGGUAACCACCGUCUGGGGUGUCAGCAACACCUCCCAGAGCCAGGUUUUCGGCAGCCCCAUGGGCCCUGGGGGGAGCAGCUCCAGCACCCCGCUGCUGCCUGGCAUGGCUGGCACUGGCUCGGGCAUGAGCUCGCCGCCGUUCCUGCCACAGCAGCCCUUUGCUGAGGGGGCUCCCGGGAAGGGCUACGUGCAGCCAGGUGUCUAUGGCCGCAGCGCCUACCCGGGCGGGCCGGGCUUCGCCACCAGCUACGCUGGCAGCCCUGGCGGCCCCGGCGGAAUGGGGCUCCCUUCGCAUGCCAGCCGGCCCCCCGCUGACUUCACCCAGGCAGCCGCCGCUGCCGCCGUGGCCGCCGCUGCCGCCACGGCCACGGCCACGGCCACGGCAACAGUGGCGGCGCUGCAGGAGAAGCAGAGCCAGGAGCUGAGCCAGUACGGCGCGAUGGGCGCAGGGCAGCCCUUCAGCAGCCAGUUCCUGCCCCAUGCUGGACCCCGCGGCCCCACUGGCAUGAGCCCGGCUGGCAUGGCAGGCGUCAUGGCUCCCUCCGGCAUCUCCCCUGUCAGCAUGAGCCCCGCGCGGGCACCCGGCACCAGCCCCCUGUACGGCGGGCAGCGGAUGCCCCAGCACGCCUACCCCGGUCCCCCCCCAGGUCAGCAGCUCCCCCGCCAGGGCCUCAAGCGGGCAUACUCCAAUGAGGGGUACCCGGCGCAGCAGUACCUCCAGGGCGGGCAGUACGCUGCGGCUGGUGCCCAGUAUACCCCCAGCACCCCCCAGCCCUCCGCUCCGUCCCCCUCCUACCCUGGCCACAGGCUGCAGCAAGGUAUGGGCCAGUACCUCUCUGCCUCGGGCAACGCCGGACCCUAUUACAAGCCGGCUGACCAGUUCAACGGGCAGAGCACCAGCUUCGGCACCUACAGCCAGGCGGCUGUCACCGGGCCGAGCCGGUCGCUGCCGGGGUACCCCAGCUCGCCGCUGGCCGGGAACCCCACACCGCCCAUGACGCCGGGCAGCGGCAUCCCCACCUAUGUGUCCCCGGGUCAGGAUGUCAAGUCACCUUUCCUGCCGGACAUGAAGCCCAGUGUCACCUCCCUGCACCAGUCCCCCUCGGGGCCGGCCCCCGGGGAGGAGCUGCGGCUGACCUUCCCGGUGCGGGACGGCGUGGUGCUGGAGCCCUUCCGCCUGCAGCACAACCUGGCCGUCAGCAACCACGUCUUCCAGCUGCGUGACUCCGUCUACAAGACCCUCAUGAUGAGGCCUGACCUGGAGCUGCAGUUCAAGUGCUACCACCACGAGGACCGGCAGAUGAACACCAACUGGCCAGCCUCUGUGCAGGUGAGCGUCAACGCCACGCCACUCACCAUCGAGCGUGGUGACAACAAGACCUCCCACAAGCCGCUCUACCUGAAGCACGUCUGCCAGCCCGGCCGGAACACCAUCCAGAUCACUGUCACCGCUUGCUGCUGUUCCCACCUCUUCGUCCUGCAGCUGGUGCACCGGCCUUCGGUGCGCUCAGUGCUGCAGGGUCUCAUCAAGAAGCGCCUGCUCCCCGCUGAGCACUGCAUCACAAAAAUCAAGCGCAACUUCAGCAGCGGGACCAUCCCAGGGACCCCGGGGCCCAAUGGUGAGGACGGCGUGGAGCAGACGGCCAUCAAGGUGUCCCUCAAGUGCCCCAUCACCUUCCGGAGGAUCCAGCUCCCGGCCAGGGGCCACGACUGCCGGCACAUACAGUGCUUCGACCUGGAGUCCUACCUGCAGCUCAAUUGCGAGCGGGGCACGUGGCGGUGUCCUGUCUGCAAUAAGACAGCGCUGCUGGAGGGGCUGGAGGUGGACCAGUACAUGCUGGGCAUCCUGAUCUACAUCCAGAACUCAGAGCAUGAGGAGAUCACCAUCGACCCGACCUGCAGCUGGAAACCCGUCCCGGUCAAACCUGAUGUUCACAUCAAGGAGGAGCCGGAGGGGCCGGCGCUGAAGCGGUGCCGGACUCUCAGUCCCACGCACAUGGUGCUGCCCAAUAUCAUGGAGAUGAUCGCGGCCCUGGGGCCCGGCUCUGCUCCCUUCCCAGCACUGCCACCACCACCGGCGGGUGCCGCUGCUGACUACGGUGCCUCAGGUUCCAGCUUUCCAGGACCCGGGGGCUUCCCAGAGCCGUUCCCCCCCCCUGGCGCCCCUGGCACGCCAACACUGAGUGACUUUGUGCCGGGACCCCCCCCCAUCUCCUACCAGUCUGACAUCCCUGUUGGCCUCCUGGCCCCCGAGAAGCCCCCCGCAGCCCCUCUCCCGGCACAGCUGCCCCCGCCGGGGCGGAUGGAGCCGUCCCACCCCCCGAUGCAACCGGGGCUGCACAACCCUGCCCCGGGCAGCCAGCCCGCACAGCCUCUGCACCACCGGAACGUGCCAGCACGGCCCCCCCUGGGCCCCGCCGGCCCGGUGCACGCCGCUGACCUCGCCUUCCCCCCAGCGUCCGGCAUGGCUGGCACAGGAGAUGGCUCAGAGCCUGCUCUCGAUCUCCUGCCUGAGCUGACGAACCCCGACGAGCUGCUCUCCUACCUGGGCCCACCCGACCUCCCCAGCAGCAGCAACGACGACCUCCUCUCCCUCUUCGAGAACAACUGAGCCAUCCUUGCCCUCACUGAACCCCCCCCGACGGGGUCAGGGAGGGAGGGGGCAGCACUGGCGGGACCCCUACCUGCGGCACAGCCGGGAUCUGCCCCCAGCGAGGGGGGCUUCCCCUGACAGGACGCUAUGGGACGGACAGACGGAUGGGCUCGGCCCCCCCCCCCCCCCCCCCCCCCAGAAGCACAAGGCUGUACAUAGUGUAGAAACACUACUGCCCCUUCCCACCUCCCCCCCCCCCCCCCCCCAAUACCUCCCACCACGUAUUUAAAGGCAAGUGCAUCGCUGUGGGGCUGGCCCGUGCCCCCCCCAUGUGUAAAUGUGCAUACGCUGCUUCCCCUUGUAACAUAUGUGCCCGGCCCAGGGGGUGCAGGGUGGGGGGGGCUCAGCCCACCAACUGCCCCACGGCCCCCACCCACCGCUGUCGAGCUCCCUGUACCGUCUCCAUAUCGAUGGCUAUUAAAGGAUUUCGUUUCGGCGGG